AUGGAAAACCCUGAAGGAGUGUUAAAUUUAUUAGAUGAAUUUGCCAAGUUAAAGUCGAAAGAAAUCCCUCACGACUUGGAGGAAUAUUUAUCGUACGUUGCGACCUCGGGGGAUCCGGUUUAUCAAUGGUCAUUGAUUAAAUCUUUGUAUCGGCAGAAGCUAAUAAACGUUAUAACCGAAUUUUACGAGAUGUGCCCAGUAAUGGAUAUUCCACGAUGUCCAAAUGUAGAUCCUUUCAAUUACGAAACCAUGAAGAACAGCUUAUUAAAACGGUUAGAUUCGUUUUCCAGUGCUCCGUUUACAAUACAACGAUUAUCAGAGUUACUAACGACACCGAGAAAGCAAUACAACCGCGUUGAUAAGUUUAUGCGUGCUGUGGAAAAAAAUAUAUGGGUAGUAAGUACGAGAGAACCUGGAUCUCGAGACCCGAUCAACUCCCAAGAAUCAUCAGCGAAUAUGGUAAACGGGGUAACAACACGUGUCUGUGUCACAGUAAAACAUCCUAAAAAAAUCAAGUCCAUUGAAGAACGAAUUAAAAGCGGUCAUCCUCAAUUAAUUGAUGAUGAGGAAGAAGAGGAGGAAGAGGAAGAAGAUGUCGAUGAGUAUGAACAAAUGGAAGAAGAAAAUAAUCAAGAAGUGAUUCAAAAUAAUGAAACAGAUGAUUCUUCUUUACAAUGCACAUCUGUAAAAGAUCUAAUCGAAAAAUAUGAAAACGGUACAAUUUUUUCAAGCACAGAAGAAGAAAAAUCUGAACAAUUUGACGAAUCAGCUUCUACUCCAAAUAUAAAUUCUGAUACUUCAUCUUCUACCAGUGCUGUACCACCGACCACUACAGCUUCAGAAACAAGUUCCAUAAAUUCCGAGACCACCUCUAACUCGACCACAAUUGAUAUUUUAUGCAAGGAUUCUUGUGUUCUAUCUACAAACAUAGUAUCAGACUCUAAUGAGACAGUUGAGGCAAAAGAAACAUUGGCGGAACUUGAAAGUUUAAAGGAUUCUAUAAUACAUUUACCUGAUUCAUCAGUUGAAGAAGAGAGUAAUAAGGCAGUUAGUGCAUCCAAACUGAUUUUAUCUUCCUUAGAAAAUAAAUUUGAAGAUGAAAAUUCUGAUAAUUCAUCAUUUAGCACCAAUUUAGAAAUAGCUGCGGAUGAUUCAACAGUUAUAGACCCCGUCUUAUGUGUAAAUUCAGAUUCUCUUACAAUGAAAGAAAACAUAUUGCAAGCCACUGAUGAAACAUCUUCAAUAAAUGCAAGUAUGUCUAUAGACUCCUAUGAUAAUAAUGUUCUCGAAACACAAACUGAUACUAUACCUGAUCUCCAAGAAAAUGUCGACAAUGAUGUGAAAAAAUGA